GCUACACCGGUCAGCUAUACGAGUUGCACACAGCCAACAUUUCUGAACACGUUACAUCCGGUUAGGUUGUCUCUCCCCGGCUCUACGUGACAGCAAUAAUGGCAGCGUUUUCUGAAAUGGGAGUCAUGCCUGAAAUUGCGCAGGCUGUAGAAGAGCUGGACUGGCUGCUUCCGACUGACAUCCAGGCAGAGUCUAUCCCCCUUAUUCUGGGUGGAGGAGAUGUACUCAUGGCUGCAGAAACUGGCAGUGGAAAAACAGGUGCCUUCAGUAUCCCAGUGAUCCAGAUUGUGUAUGAGACCCUGAAGGAUCAGCAGGAGGGCAAGACGGGAAGAGCUUCUGUCAAGACUGGUGGAGCUAUUUUCAACAACUGGCAGAUGAAUCCUUAUGAUCGCAGCACAGCCUUCGCAAUCGGUGCGGAUGGUUUGUGCUGCCAGAGCAGAGAGUUUAAAGAGUGGCACGGCUGUCGCUCCACAAAAGGUGUCAGCAAAGGGCAGUACUACUAUGAGGUGACUUGCCAUGACCAGGGUCUGUGUCGUAUUGGCUGGUCCACCAGUCAGGCCUCACUGGACUUGGGAACUGAUAAGUAUGGCUUUGGUUUUGGUGGAACUGGGAAGAAAUCCAACAACAAGCAGUUUGACAGCUAUGGAGAGGAGUUUACCAUGCAUGACACCAUUGGAUGCUACUUGGAUCUAGAAAAGGGCCAAAUUUCCUUCUCUAAAAAUGGAAAUGAUCUGGGUUCGGCUUUUGACAUCCCUCAGCAUGUGAAGAAUCAACCCUUCUUUGCCUCCUGUGUGCUAAAGAAUGCAGAGCUGAAGUUCAACUUUGGAGGAGAAGCCUUUAAAAAUCCCCCCAAAACUGGAUUUGUUGCACUGGAUCAGGCAUCAGAGGGUCACGCAGUCAAAUCUGCCCAGACAGGCGCUGCCAAAGUGAGUCAAGUGAAAGCAUCAUCCAACGCACCCAAAGCUCUGAUCAUCGAGCCUUCCAAAGAACUGGCCGAGCAAACUCUCAACGUCGUCAAGCAGUUUAGGAAAUAUGUUGAGAAUCCUAAACUGAGGGACUUACUGGUGAUUGGUGGUGUGGCUGCCAAAGAUCAGCUGGCUGCUCUGGAGCAGGGGGUUGACAUUGUGGUGGGAACACCCGGAAGGCUGGAUGACCUCAUCUCCACUGGGAAACUGAGCCUGUCCCAAGUCCGCUUUCUAGUCAUGGAUGAGUGUGAUGGCCUACUCUCUGCAGGUUAUACUGACUUCAUCAACAGGGUCCACAACCAAAUCCCUCAGGUCACCUCUGACGGCAAAAGGCUGCAGGUGAUUGUUUGUUCAGCCACUCUGCAUUCAUUCGACGUGAAGAAGCUGUCCGAGCGCAUCAUGCACUUCCCCACUUGGGUGGACCUGAAGGGGGAGGACUCUGUCCCCGAGACUGUCCAUCAUGUGGUGGUGCCUGUUAAUCCCAAGAAUGACCGCAACUGGGAGCGUCUGGGCAAGAACCACGUCAGAACUGAUGAAGUCCAUGCCAAAGACAACACCAGACCUGGAGCCAAUUCUUCUGAAAUGUGGUCCGAGGCCAUCAAGCUGCUGAAAGGCGAGUACACAGUGAGGGCAAUCAAAGAGCACAAGAUGGACCAGGCCAUAGUCUUCUGUCGCACAAAGAUCGACUGUGACAACAUGGAGCAGUACUUCAUUCAGCAAGGGGGAGGUCCGGACAGUAAAGGCCACCAGUUUUCCUGCGUUUGUCUCCAUGGUGAUCGGAAGCCAAACGAGCGGAAAAACAACCUGGAGCGCUUCAAGAAGAAAGAAGUGAAGCUCUUGAUCUGCACAGAUGUAGCAGCCAGAGGAAUCGACAUCCACGGAGUUCCUUAUGUGAUCAACGUCACCCUGCCAGAUGAGAAACAGAACUACGUCCAUCGUAUUGGCAGAGUUGGUAGAGCUGAGAGAAUGGGUCUGGCUAUCUCCUUAGUAGCAAUGGAGAAGGAGAAGGUAUGGUACCAUGUGUGCGCAAACCGAGGUAGAGGCUGCUACAACACUCGCCUGAAGGAAGAUGGAGGUUGCACCAUCUGGUACAACGAGAAAGAGCUCCUGUCAGAUAUUGAGGAACAUCUAAAGUGCACCAUCACUCAGUGUGAAGCUGACAUCAAAGUACCUGUGGAUGACUUCGAUGGCAAGGUCACGUAUGGUCAGCGGAAGGCACUGGGAGGUGGGAACUACAAAGGUCAUGUGGAUGUUCUGGCCCCGACAGUCCAGGAGCUGGCGGGCCUGGAGAGAGAAGCUCAAAGUUCCUUCCUCCACCUGGGAUACAUGCCAAACCAGCUUUUCAGAGCCUUCUGAAGAAACCCCAAUGAGCACUACACUCUCAGCUGCUGAUACAGAAUACAGAUAAAUAGAGCAUUUCUGAACCUUUCACCAUGACAUAAACAUAUCAACAUAAUUUAUAGAAUAAUUAGUUACAGAUAUCAAAAUGUCAUUGUGUACAGACUUCUAAAUUCUGAGUCAUUGUUUAGUCCCAUCAUUUGGUGUAUGAUUUGUGCAGCCUGUCGGUUUAUUGAGACUGUUGGGCACCAUAUUUUGAAGGACUUCUUCCUAAAGGCUUUAACCUUACUGCAUUAAAGAAUACUGAGGGAAAAAAUCCCUUAUAUCCCAUGCAAAAUCUAAUUUGAGAGAUCCUUCAGGGCUUUUUUUUUUCUAAUGACACGAUUCUUGAAUAUUUAAGUUUCCUGAAGGAGUAAUGGGCUAGAAUGUCAACAUAUGUAAAUGGCUUGAUGAUGUCUUUUUUUCUGAAAUAAACAGUAUCCUGACUAGCUGGA